AUGGGGAAGUCGCAAUCGAAGCUGUCGCCCUCUCAACUCGAUGAGUUGCAGAGAGCAACCCAUUUCGAUAAGAAAGAACUCCAGCAAUGGUACAAAGGUUUCCUUCAAGAUUGCCCGUCGGGCACUCUAACCAAGGAAGAGUUCCAGAAGAUCUACCGGCAAUUCUUCCCCUUCGGCGAUCCGUCCUCUUUUGCCAACUACGUAUUCCGUGUGUUUGAUUCCGAUAACAGCGGCAUGAUUGAUUUCAAAGAGUUUAUUUGCGCACUGUCAGUGACGUCGCGGGGCAAGAUGGAGGACAAACUCGACUGGGCCUUCCAAUUAUACGACAUUGAUGGGGACGGCAAGAUUACCUACGACGAGAUGCUAGCCAUUGUCGAGGCGAUUUACAAGAUGGUGGGCUCAAUGGUGAAGCUGCCAGAGGACGAGGAUACCCCAGAGAAGCGCGUGCGCAAGAUCUUCCGCAUGAUGGACAAGGACGAGAAUGGCAGCUUGGAUAUGGAGGAAUUCAAGGAGGGCAGUAAGCGGGACGAGACCAUCGUGAGCGCAUUGUCGCUGUAUGACGGCCUUUUCCCACCUCUCAAUGCCGACUAUCUCGGCGACUUUGCGCCCCCCGUUCAUGCCUUGAUCAGCAUGAUCUCAGCGCCUCGCUACUUCUGGGCUCUUCGUGUGACGGGAAAUCUCCCUGUUCACGAUGCACAGACGCCCAAGCCUCCUGUCGCGCCAUAA